CGCACCUGCAUGGACCUGCUCGACGCAGCUGACGAGUGGAGCCUACUCCUGAGUUUCUCACAGGCUCUAGCCACCGCUGCCAUUGCCAUUGUCGGCGCACUUCACACCGCUGCGCAGCGCCGCGAGCAGGCGUUGGCGCAGCGGCGCAGCCUCAUCCGCGAGGCGAGCGGCGAGGCGGACUUGUGCUUUGCUCAGGACUUCUUUGUGUGCCGAAUGUAUCGCGACAGUGAUGGCGUCCACGUGCUUCAAGAGGGCGACUUUGCUUCCAUCCUCAACGCAAAGGUCCUCUUCCCGCCGACGGCGUGGCACCGCGCAGCCCGCUCCAAACUCAUGAUUUUCCUCGAGUCGAUCCGCCCGAGUGCGCACUUGCUUGGAGGUGGUGGUCCGGUCGACUGCCUCGCCGGGCCGUACGACCCGUGCGUGGCGAGGAUCCGCCUGGCGAUGCAAGCGAUGGCGACAUUCUGGUCGCCGCAGCCGCCGCUCAAGUCACCCUGCACCGACGCGCACCGCAAUUUCAUACGUGACAGCUACGGUGGCGGAGAAGAAUGGGAGCUAGUCCUUGCGAUGCUGCACCAUAUUCGGCUGAGCGGGCGCCUCGACCACGCUGACGCGCCGCCGGUGCGGGCACAAGGCGGCGCGGCUGCGGGCGGCGCAACCACGAUGGUGUGAGCAGCGGUGACCGGCGAGAGAGAGACGACAGCAGGUUGUAGGCUAGGACCCGACGGGAUCGGGGGUGCGGAUGGAGGAGAUCUUUCUCGAGCCCAGGACCGCGAGGCUCUGAGACGUCUGCGAGUAGAGACGUGUCUGCGCGAGAGUAGUGAGUACCCUACGGCUGUGUCGUGUGUGAGUGUGUGAGUCCUUUUUCGUUUUUUUAGUUUUUAUCGUAUUAGUCAGUCCUC